CGUAUUGUCUACUUACUGUAGGCCUGCAACUAAGCUAGCUAAGCCAAGCAGUCCAUCAUCAACUAGUCAAUGGCGCAGAUAGCCGUGCCUUCAUCGGCCGUCGCAGCGAUGGCAGCAGCAGCAGUACUGAUCACGACGCUGAUCUCCGCUGCCGGAGCCGGAGCACCGGCGUUGGCUGGGAGACCCGGCUGCGACACUAGGUGCGGGGACGUAACUGUGUCAUUCCCGUUUGGUAUCGGCCGGCCCGCGUGCUCCGCGGGACCAGGUUUCAACCUCACCUGCGACAACACCACCCGUCCUGGCCAGCCCCGGCUGCUCCUCGACGAGCGCGGCAUAUUCGAGGUCAGUGACAUCCUCCCGGAAGAACGGUUGGUGAGCGUGCUGAGACCCCCUAUCUUUGGGGACGCCGCCAGGAACAUCAGCACCUCCGGCGCCGUCAUGAGGGGGUCGUGGGGCGGCGGGGGCCUCCGCGACGACCUCGGCCAGUACUCCAUGGCCAUUCUGCCUGGGCCUGGCGCCGCGUCCCCAAACCUGCUGGUGGUCACGGGGUGCAACGUCCAGGCGACGCUGCUCACCAGAGCGCGUGGCAAGGCCAACGUCGCCACCGGCUGCACCACCUACUGCCCCCUGGACGCUCCCCUCAGCGCGCAAGAUGUCGACGACGACCCCCAGGUCGGCUACUGCAGCGUCCCCAUCACGACGCACCAGACCUACUACGACGUGGAGCUCAAACGGCUCGGCAACGGCAGCGCCACCAUCAACCACAAUGUGCCAGUCUACGUGCUCAUAGCACGUGGUGACUGGUUCUCUCCCGAAGUGGCCAUAGUUGUGAUGAAUCUGGGCAAACCCGGGCCCAAGCAGCAGGAAGACCAUCUGAAUCUGAUGGAGAUUCCUGUGUUUAUGGAGUGGAAGAUCUUCGUCUACGGAUCUCGCCACGACGCCCCGGUCAGCGCUAACGCCGACUGCACCAUGGAAGGCCAAGGAGAUCUCUACUGGUGUCACUGCAAGCCUGGCUAUGAGGGCAACCCCUACCUCGAUGGCGGAUGCCAAGACAUCAAUGAGUGCUUGAACCCAGGAUGGAAUGGAUGUUUCGGAGAGUGCACCAAUAGGGAAGGAUAUUUUGAUUGUGGCUGCCAGAGAGGAUUUGAAGGAAACGCCAACGUACCUUAUGGAUGUGUCAGAACCAAAAAGAACACAGGUUUAAUCAUCGGUCUAUCAGUUUCUGUUGUCCCAUGCGUCAUGUUUUUGGUUCUCGGGGGAAUAUUCAUGAUCCGUAAAGUUAAGAAUUACAGAGCCAAAAAGCUGAAACAGAAGUUUUUCAAUCAAAAUCGCGGGCAGUUGUUGCAACAGCUAGUGUCUCAAAGGUCUGACAUUGGAGAAAGAAUGAUCAUCCCAUUGAAGGAUCUAGAGAAGGCCACAAACAACUUUGAUGAAACUCGGAAGCUAGGUGGUGGAGGCCAUGGUACAGUCUACAAAGGAAUACUAUCAGACCUACAUGUUGUCGCCAUCAAAAAAUCAAAUAUCGUGGUUCAGAGAGAGAUUGAUGAGUUUAUUAAUGAGGUGGCAAUAUUGUCACAUAUCAACCAUAGGAAUGUCGUCAAACUUCAUGGAUGUUGUCUUGAGACAGAAGUCCCAAUGCUGGCCUACGAGUUCAUUUCUAAUGGAACCCUUUGUGAACAUCUUCAUCAUGGAUCACCUAGAGCAAUACCAUGGGGAGAUAGGCUAAGAAUCGCAAAUGAAGUAGGCAAAGCUAUUGCUUACCUUCAUUCUGCUGUUUCAAUCCCUAUUAUACACAGAGACAUCAAAUCUUCCAACAUACUUCUUGAUGAUGCCUUGACAGCAAAGGUAUCAGACUUUGGUGCUUCAAGAUACAUUCCUAUUGAUGAGGUAGGGGCAGCAACAACAACUGCAGUACAAGGGACUAUUGGAUAUCUAGAUCCUAUGUACUAUUACACGAGACGUCUGUCAGAAAAGAGUGAUGUUUAUAGUUUUGGAGUACUUCUUGUUGAGUUACUUACUAGAAAGAUGCCAGUCAAGUAUAGGUCCUCGAAAGGUGAUGGGCUUGUUGUAGAAUUUGCGGAAUUGCUUGAACAAGACAAUCUAGUUUUCAUACUAGAUCCGCAGAUUGUAGAGGAGGGAGGUGCCGAAAUCAAAGAUGUAUCUGCCCUAGCUGCAUCAUGUAUACAAUUAAAAGGAGAGGAGAGACCAACCAUGAGGCAAGUGGAGAUGGCGCUCGAAGGUCUCCAAUCAACCAAUGAUCACGCCCCACAUGAUUUGCAACCAGAACGAAAUGAUUACAGUUAUACUACAAUUAGUUAUCCAUCCACUAAAAUAAGCACAAGUUUGGGGGAUGUGAGUAGACAAUACAGCCAAGAAGAGGAGUUCUCAUUGUCCGCGAGAUACCCUCGUUAAGUUGGUUGAUAUUUGAGCAUGGUAUGUUGUUUGAUUAUUAUUUUGAGUGUUAAUCUUAUGCCGAAUCUAUGUAUUUGUAAACUUUAUGAAAUAUGUGCAUUGUGUUUUCUUUGACUUUUGA